AAGUCCGCGCAACUUUAUAGAGCCUCACUGCCCCAUCUCUCCUCAGUCUCCUCUGUCCUCUCCCAGACGAGAGGACCAGUGGAGGCACCUCUCGGAGUCUUAGACUUAAGAGUCUGAGACUUAGCGAGAGGAGCCCCAGAGGAGACAACCCUUCUCUCUCCUUUACCCAUCCCUCUUUUUUACUUACAGACGCAAGCUGAGGCGCGGAGCUUUAGAAAGUUCUCAGUGGUCCUGAAGCAGUUCUUGCGCAGUGGGGCCACUCUCUGCAGAGCCAGAGGGUGAGUCGGCUUCCCGGUGAGCGCCUAGGAGAAUGGAUCGCAGGUCCCGGGCUCAGCAGUGGCGCCGAGCUCGCCAUAAUUACAACGACCUGUGCCCGCCCAUAGGCCGCCGGGCUGCCACCGCGCUCCUCUGGCUCUCCUGCUCCAUUGCUCUGCUCCGCGCCCUAGCCACUUCCAACGCCCGUGCCCAGCAGCGUGCUGCCCAGCGUCGGAGCUUCCUUAACGCCCACCACCGCUCCGCCGCUGCCGCCGCCGCCGCUGCGCAGGUACUCCCCGAGUCCCCUGAAUCUGAGUCUGAUCACGAGCACGAGGAGCCAGAGCCUCAGCUGGCCCGCCAGCCUGAGUGUCCCGGGUUGGAAGACAUUGACUACGAGACCGAGUCGGAGACCGAGUCCGAGACGACCGAGUCCGAGACGACCGAGUCCGAGACGACCGAGUCCGAGACAACCGAGUCCGAGUCUGAUAUCGAGUACGAGACCGAAUUCGAGAGCGAGUCUGAUACCGCCCCCGCAACUGAGCCUGAGACCGAACCCGAGGACGAGCGCGGCCCCCGAGGUGCCACCUUCAACCAGUCUCUCACCCAGCGUCUGCACGCUCUGAAGUUGCAGAGCGCCCACGCCUCCCCGAGUCGUGCGCAGCCCACCACUCAGGAGCUCGAGAGCGCAAGCGAGGGGGAGGAGCCCCAGCGCGAGCCCUUAGACCCCGAGGAGUCAGAGGAGGAGGAGGAGGACAGACAGCCCCGCCGCUGCAAGACCAGGAGGCCCGCCCGCCUCCGCCGCCGCCGCGACCAGUCCCCGGAAUCCCCUCCCAGAAAGGGGCCCAUCCCCAUCCGGCGUCACUAAUGGGUGACUCCGUCCAGAUUCUCCUGGUUUUCAUGGAUAAAGGUGCUGGAGAGUCUGGCAAGAGCACGAUUGUGAAGCAGAUGAGGAUCCUGCAUGUUAAUGGGUUUAACGGAGAGGGCGCCGAAGAGGACCCGCAGGCUGCAAGGAGCAACAGCGAUGGAAUAUAUUACCCCUACUAGAUGAUGGCCACAGUCCUCCAUCUUCUUCGCUAUGUCCUCUCCCAACUAUCCCAAUUUGCAUGCUGAACUGCCCGGUCUUAGGAAACUAAUAAGAAUACUAUUCUGUUGUCUGGGGGGAGGGGGUGGGGUCCCUACCUAUUACCUAACCUUUAGAUAUAAGUGAAAACAGAAAGAUGAAAUGAAAUCCUUAAUUGGCAACAGUGUAGUAGAACAGCAAUCAGAAAAGGCAUCAAUAGUUUGAGUAUCUGCUGUACCAAAAGUUGGCAUCUGAGAAAUGUGGCAAGCCCUACUGAGAGAGCCUACCUAUGUAUUGUGUGUCGUGCUCAACCUUUCAACCCUACUAAUACCUUACCUGCACGCCUUUCCUCCUAUGACUCUACUCUACAAGUAAAAAUCAGUAUUAACAUUCCUGAUAAAUAAAAUUCUCUGCAUGUCUCAGCAA